AUGAGCGAAAGCGUGGCCAACAGAGCCGUUGUCUUUUAUAACAACAAGAGCCUGCCUAUUAUUUCGUCGGAAGAGCUGAACCUUGAUAGUUGCUAUAGCUCCUCCGAAGUGGUGAUCAGAGUUCACGCAGCAGCGCUGAACCCAGUAGACUUUCUGUUGCAAAGUUUCGCGUACUCAUGGCUAGUGGGGCGGGGACCCAAGACCUUUUCUAGAGACUAUAGUGGGGAAGUGGUGAGGGCAGGCGCAAACGUCAAAGACUUCAAGGUCGGAGACAAAGUUUCUGGACUAUUCCAACAUCUCUACGGCAAGCAGGGCACACUCUGCGACUAUUUAAUCUUGGACCCCGUGAAGCAGCCGGCAAUCUCCAAACUCGCGGCCGCCGGCCAUGCUGAAUAUGAUGACUACGUGGUGAAUGCUGCGUGGCCCCUGGUUUUUGGCACGGCGUAUCAGGGUCUCACGAACUUCGGCCAAAAGCUUGGGCCGGACUCGAAGAUACUGGUCAUCGGGGCAUCCACUUCUGUAUCUAACGCGUUUGUGCAAAUCGCCAAGAAUCACCUCAAAGUCGGGACCGUAGUAGGCAUCUGUUCCAAAAAAUCCUUUGACUAUAACAAGAAGCUCGGUUACGACUACUUAGCUGCCUACGAUGACGGGUCUGUCGUUGACAGCGUUAAGGACAUCAUAGGGAAAAAUCUAAACAAUGAGAAAUUCGACUUGAUCUUCGACUCAGUUGGCAAUUCAGAUUUCUUCGGCUGCAUCAAUGACGUGCUCAAGGACAAGGGCCAGAACUCUCAGUUCGUUUCAUUGACCGGCGACAAGAAGAUGAAUUACUCUAGUCCAAGGAUUUGGGACUCUUUGCCUGGUUUGGAGUCACUAAAGAGGUACGGCCCUUUCCGCAAAUAUAACUACAACCUUUUUAUGUUACGGUCCGACUCUGCCUUUAUGAAGCUGGGCUACGAAAUGAUAUCAGAAAAACAGUAUAUGCCUGCGAUUGACUCAGUAUAUAGUUUUGAUGACUAUGCCAAGGCCUUUGAAAGGGUUAAGUCCAAUAGAUCGAAGGGAAAAGUCGUGAUUAAAAUACAUUGA